CAUCAGCUCUCCGGAGUCAAUAAAGACCGCCAUAAUGAUAAGAAAGCCAUUCCGGCUUCCCAGCUUCGUCCGACCCGCCCCAAAAAGCAGCGAACCACCAAAAAAAAAGCGGCGUAUUUCCUCGGACUCCCACUCAGACGUAGAGCGCAAGCCGCUCGCGGCCGUGAAGAACUCGACAACGCCCUCAGUCCCAGCCGACGCAAACGAGCAAUACUACACCGUUUUGUGGAGAAAAUAUACGACCAAAAAGAACAAAACAUGGGACGGCGAUGGCAUAUUGUCGGUCAUUGGAGGCCAGGCAAUACUAGCCAACAGUGAGACUGGGAAAGAGAUGGGAAAGACUGCGUGUGCAAGGCCACUUCUACCCGGAUCAACUCUCUCGAUAGGAGGAAAAGAUGUGGAAGUCGACGCAUCAAUGUCUAAGGAGGAAUUUCUUUCAGGACGCGCGUUUCUUGGUGCUACAGCUGCAAAGCCUGUGCCAAUACCCAAACCCACCGCACCAAUCAACGAUAUCAAGUUCAAGAAACAUUCAAGUGGGUUAAAGAUCGAUUCCAAACCCGGAGCCAUUCUCAAGACUUCGGACAGAGCCGGUGUGGCAUUGCGUGACGAGGAAAAUGAAGACACACCAUUUCGACCGGAACUCAAGCCAAAAGCUGCGCGAAUGCAGUUCAAGACACCCAUGUUGAACAGCACUGUCGUGCCCAAAGGGAAUCCUUCAAUUCCCCAACCACGCCAUGACCCAACGUUGCCUAAUGCUCUGAUCAUGAAAAAACCAACGAUCGUUCCAAAAGGAAAGCAGGUGGUAGAUGUUGUUGUCGACCCUUUACUGAGCAAACACCUCCGUGAGCACCAACGGGAGGGUGUUCAAUUUCUUUACGAAUGCGUGAUGGGCAUGCGUUGCGAAGGCGAGGGUGCAAUCAUGGCCGAUGAGAUGGGUUUAGGGAAAACAUUGCAGACCAUUGCAUUACUCUGGACUUUAAUGAAACAGAAUCCGAUUCACGACAGUCCACCAGUAGUCAGAAAAGCACUGGUUGUCUGCCCUGCCGGCUUGGUGGAGAACUGGAGACGCGAAUUUCGGAAAUGGCUGGGCAAUGAGCGCAUAGGUGUCUUUGUGGCAGAUGCAAAGAACAAAAAGAUCACGAAUUUUACCAAGGGAAAGGCGUACAAUGUCAUGAUUGUGGGAUACGAGAUGCUCCGCGUAGUACAGGAGGACCUCAAGAAAGGCCACGGAGUUGACAUCGUCAUCGCUGACGAAGGACAUCGAUUAAAGACGGCGAAUAACAAGGCCAUGCUCGCCAUCCAGUCUCUCAACACUGAGCGAAGGAUUAUUCUCUCCGGAACCCCGCUCCAGAAUGACUUGAGUGAAUUUUAUACUGCCAUCGACUUUGUUAAUCCAGGUCUACUCGGAAAGCGACCCGCUUUCAAACGUGAAUUCGAGGUGCCGAUUGUACGCAGUCGUCAGCCGAAUGCUAGCGAAGCGGAGCUUGAAAAGGGGGAGGCGCGAUGGAAAGAACUGGUCAAUUUGACCAGUCAAUUCAUGAUACGCCGGACGGCAGAAGUUCUCUCCAAGUAUCUCCCUCCCAAGACUGAGCACAUUGUUUUCUGCAAGCCAACUACCGCCCAAUCGAAUGCUUACCGGAGCAUCCUCGCCUCGCCCUAUUUUACCGCUGCCCUCGGAAAUGCAAAUAACGAAAUGGCACUCCAGCUAAUCACUAUCCUGAAGAAGAUGUGCAACAGUCCGUCUUUGCUCAAAUCGUCAAAGGAUGGAGAGGAUACCCCAUCAGAGAUGCUUCAAAGUCUUCUUCCUUUGAUUCCACCUCCUAUCCUCAGAUCGCAUGCCUGCAGUACCAAGCUCCGUGUCCUCGACUCUCUGCUCCAUCGCAUAUUCAACACAACGAAAGAGAAGAUAGUGAUCGUGUCCAACUACACCACCACUCUCGACAUGAUCGAACAACUCCUCACUUCCCUCAGUUACAAAUACUUACGUCUAGAUGGUAGUAUACCCUCCUCCAAACGACAGCCGCUCGUGGAAAAGUUCAACCGCACUGACCAGCGCACUGCCUUCGCCUUCCUUCUCUCCGCCAAAUCGGGCGGCGUGGGUCUCAAUCUGAUCGGAGCAAGCCGCAUCGUUCUCUUCGACAUCGAUUGGAACCCCGCCACCGAUCUCCAGGCGAUGGCGCGUAUCCACCGCGAUGGCCAGAAGCUUCCGUGCAAAAUCUAUCGCUUUCUCGUGCAAGGUGGGUUAGACGAGAAGAUCUAUCAGCGCCAAGUCAUGAAGAUGGGUCUGGCGAAUGCGGUCGUCGAUAAUAAAGCUAGCGCGUCGUCCUUCUCGCGAGAAGAGCUGAGGGAUCUCUUCAGAUUGGAUGAACGGGAGACGUGUCAGACGCAUGACUUGCUCGGUUGUAAAUGUGGAAUGAAAGGUGCGCCGGAAUUGGACGACAUUGACGAAUCUUCUGCUGAUACCGGGGAUAUGACCAUUGGCGACGAUGAGGAUGAAGAAGACGACGAUGCGUUCCCCGUGCUCCAACCCGCAAGUAAAGUCGAUAUGGCGGCUCAGGAAGCUAAAAUCGCGCAACGCGCACAGAACAAGCAACCAAAGCUGAAGAUGCUAAUGGAGUACGCACACAUUAACACAGAGUAUCUCCGCGAUACUACCAAUCCGGAUAAGAGUCAAGAUGAUGACGAUAUGGCGCUUCUUGUCGACGAUGAUGUCCUGCUUGAGGUAUUGAGGGAGCCAGAUUGCAGGGUUGGGUUCCUUCUCACGAAGAGUUCGUCGUAAGGAUGUCAACAGUAAUCUUCAUCAUUUUAUGACAGGGGAAAGCUAUUAAUAAGUAACCUGGGAUUUUCAUGUAUCAUAGAUAUAGAGGCCUUUAUUUCCAUAUAUUCAUGGGAUUGAUUCUUCCCCUACAUUAGACGUAAGAUACUCUUUGAAGAUCACCGCUUUAGCCCUCUCAUAUUACAUUAGUUUAAAUGAUAACACAGAA